UUUUAAGUACCCAGUAAGGAGAAGCGAAAGUUAUUAUUUGAGUACGCCCCAAUAGUGUCAAGCAGCUUCUAUGGCUAGAGACAAGCUUAGGGCGGGCCAGGGACGCACGGCUUUCGGCAAUUGCGCCAUCGAGCUAGCUCAAGCUAUCCUAAUGAUAAAAUAACUUAUUUUCCUUCGUUCCUCGUUACAUUGAGGUGUAGUUAGACAUCAUUCAGACUCUGCAGCUAUGGUCGUCGAUGCAGAUGCAGUGGCUCGUCUCGAUUCCUCUCAGGAGGCAGGAGACAGGACGGUGUCUCAGUACCAGGCUAUCUCAAAGGACAGCGAUAGACAGCCAAAUGGCUAUGGUGAUGACGAGGAAAGUGCACUGCUUUCUCCUCCGACCGCAAAUGACGAGCGUGAAGUAAAGCUUUCGACUAGUGUCAGCACCAUUGUCGCCGUCUUACUACUCGGCGAAUUUAUCUCAAAUGCUGAUAGCACGUUAGUUAUGGCUGCGACGGCAAAGGUGUCGUCCGAAUUCAACAAGCUUCAGGAUGCCAGCUGGUUGUCGACGGGGUAUACCCUGGGGGUUCUGUCUACCGUGGUGUUGAUCUCAUAUACUAACAAGUGGUUCUUCAGGGGCGUCGGUCGGGAUCUUUGGACGGUCAUCCUCGGCCGAGCAGUCAGUGGGAUCGGAGGUGCUGGCAUCAUGACCCUUGGCUCGGUUAUUAUCACUGAUAUUGUCCCCCGACGGGAGGUCGCCUCGUGGAGAGCCUAUAUCAAUAUCGCCAUGACUUUGGGUAGAAGUGUCGGAGGCCCCGUUGGUGGAUGGCUGACGGACGCCAUCGGAUGGCGCUGGUUGUUCCUUCUCCAGAUCCCAUUUAUCGUCCUCGGUGGUCUUUUGGUGAUUGCCAAGCUGAACAUCACAUACCACGCAACAUCGAAAGCCUCGAUCCGCCGCGUUGAUUUCCUGGGAGCGGGACUCCUUGGAGCAUCCGUGGUGGCCAUCAUCAUGCUCCUCGAUCGAGGUGGCCAUGCCUUCCCAUGGAUCUCACUGCCUUCCUUCCUGUUGGGCGGUGUCGGUAUCGCAUCGCUUAUGCUCUUCGUCUGGGCGGAACGCGUCGCAGCCGAGCCCAUCUUCGAUCUUCGGAUUCUUGCCCGCCCAAACGUGGCAUCCAGCUAUAUGGUUGGGUUCCUCCAGAUCACCAGCCAGCUGGGCAUGCUAUUCUCCGUCCCGCUAUACUUCCAAGUCACACAACGCGCGUCCGCGACGGUUGCAGGCGGUCAUCUGGUGCCCGCCGUGGUUGGAAACACGGUAGGAGGGUUAGUAGCGGGUAAUGUCAUCCGUCGAACAGGCCGCUACAAGACAUUGCUAGUCAUCGGAGGACUUAUCGCCGCAAUCACUCAUGUGCUCAUGCUCAUCCGAUGGAACGGGCAUACGAACAUUGGAGAAUCCCUGUAUAUCAUUCCCGGGGGUAUAGGCACGGGCAUCGCAUCAGCGUCUGCUUUCGUCGCUAUGACAGCUCUACUAGAGCCCCAGGACAUGGCCAUGGCGACCGGUGGAUAUAUGCUCAUCGUCAGCUUUGCCAUGACCACGGGUAUCACCAUGACCAAUACGGUUCUGGGACUUGGAUUCAAGCAUCAGUUGGAACAGAACCUGCAUGGCAGUGGGGCGAAGAAGAUCAUUCGUCGCGCGACGUCGGAUACUAAUUAUAUUGCUAAACUGGAAGGAAAGAUUUGGGAGGUUGUCGUGGGCUGCUUUGUGGCGGGCUUGAAGAAUACUUAUGUGAUCUGUCUUAUUUUCUCGAUCUUGGGCUCAUUGAUUGCAUUGACAAUCCGUCAUCAUCGCUUGUAG